AUGGGCAAAAACUGCGGUUAUUCUUCGUCAGAAGGCCUGUUUGCAGUAGAUUCUCUCACGGAAGACAGUAUAACUACUGAGCGUUCAGAGGAACUGCUGGUUAACCCUCAGCUCUUGAAGUUGUGGCUCACGCUUAGUUGUCAAGAGUUAUACUGUGAGCGCCUUCAACAUCCAGGGCAAGUUUUCUUAAGCAAGAUUGCUUUACCCUAUACGUCAGGUCAGGUCAGGGCUGGUCAAAAACUGCGGUUAUUCUCACGAAGGGCACCUGUCGUGACUUGUCGCAUAGAAGGUGAUGCACUGACUGAUCAUUCUGAAGAACUGCUGUUACCCCAUCAGCCUUAG